GUAGAUAUUUGACCGAACAACGAUCGAAAAGGUCAAAUGUUAGGAUUACAUAACUUUUCCAUUCAUAUUCGCAUUCUUAGUCAAAGCUUAUUUAUGAAAUGUUGGAUUCAAGCUGCAAAAAUCAAUUUCCCUUCUAGAAACACAUGCUUUUAUAUAACCACGAUAUACAGUAUAGAUAGGGCGCAAAAAUCUACUUGGCCACCCCCGGGAAAACAUAGCCACCCCACCACCGCAGAAUAGAGAAUGCCACCACUGAGCAGUGGGUCUCUAUUUGUCCACACUGCAAAACUCCACGUUUUCCAGCAUUAACCAAUCAAAAGAAGCCAAAUGUUGCCAAACUAAUCGCCUCCUUCUGAAAUGCCAUAAAGAGGCAGAGGCGUUGUUGUCAACUGGCCUAAGUGACAUUUUGGAGAGGUUGUUUGACGAAGCACCAGCAGCCACAGCUUUGGUACGCGCAAUUUAAGGAUGUGGACCAAAGCAUCACUUGUUUAUAGAGUAUUUUCUUCACUUUCAGUGUUUUUCAUGACACUGGAUACAGAAAGGCAAGGCGUAGACGGGGACACCACAAUUGACGUCGACAAACAUCUAGAGCUUGGGAAAAAGUUGCUGGCUGCUGGGCAGCUUACAGAAGCAUUGUCUCAUUACCAUGCGGCUGUUGAGGGUGACCCAAUGAACUACAUGACCUACUUCAGAAGGGCAGCAGUGUAUCUAGCUUUGGGCAAGUCAAAGUCAGCAUUACCAGAUCUAGACUAUGUAAUUGGAUUGAGACCUGAUUUUACUAAGGCUAGAAUACAAAGAGGGAACAUAAAUCUGAAGCAAGGCGACCUUGCAGCAGCUGAAGAAGACUUUGAAAAUGUGCUUGAGGUGGAUCCAGAAAAUGAAGCAGCUCUCUCUAAGCUACACUUGAUUGAUCCGACAAAAGAGGAAAUUGCUCAAGGAAAAGACGCGAUGAAAAUUGGAGAUUAUGGUUCUGCCAUAAACUUCUUCUCUAGAGCUAUCGAGAUUUGUCCAUGGGAUCCAUUCCUGAGACAGUUGCGGGCAGAGUGUUAUGAAAUAGUAGGGGAUACUAUCAAAGCAAUAGGAGAUAUAAGGCCCACUUUGAAGCUUAUUCCUGAUAAUACAGAGGGGUACUACAAAAUUAGUUUAUUGCACUACUUGUUAGGCGAAGCAGAUGAAUCAUUAAAAGAAAUUCGUGAAUGUUUAAAACUUGACCAGGAUCAUCCAAAAUGCUUUAAGCAUUACAAGAAAGUGAAGAAGCUGGUAAAAUUCAUGACAGAUGCACAAAGAUUUAUAGAUGAAGAAAAAUAUGAAGAUGCACUUCUAAAGUUGAAAGCAGCUUUCAAAGUAGAAUCUAAAGAACAUGCAUAUUUUACUAAACUGAUGGGAGAUAUUUGUCAUUGUCAAAUGAAGCUUGGACGAACGACAGAAGCAAUUGGAUCAUGUACCGAGGUUCUAGGAGUUGAUGAGAACGAUAUAGAGGCUUUCUGUGAUCGAGGCGAGGCAUAUUUACUUGAAGAGAAUUAUGAUGCAGCAAUUAAAGAUUUUCAGGCUGCCAAAAAUAUAAAUGGAGAUUUUCAUAGGGCUCAAGAAGGCUUAGAAAAGGCACAAAGAUUACAGAAACAAUCAAAAAAGAGGGAUUAUUAUAAGAUUCUAGGACUGAAAAGAAAUGCUUCAAAAAGAGAAAUCUUAAAAGCCUACAGAAAAUUGGCAGUUAAAUGGCAUCCAGAUCAUUAUAAAGGAAAAGAUAGGAAAAAGGCUGAGAAAAUGUUUGUUGACAUUGCUGCUGCUAAAGAGGUUUUAUCAGACCCAGAAAAGCGCCAGAAGUUUGACAAUGGUGAAGACCCUCUCGAUCCAGAGCAGCAGCAAGGUGGCCAUGGAGGGCCGUUCCCCUUCCAAGGUGGAUUCCCAUUCGGAGAGGGGUUCCAAUUCAAAUUCCACUUCUAGCUCACUCAUAUUGGCCUUGAUACUGUCUACUCACAAAUAGCAUAGAACUGUCAUUCUGCCAAAGCUUGUUAUGUAUUUAGCAAGUGGACACAGCCCAGGAAACCUUGUCACCCUAAUGAAAAGAUGUUAAAAGUUGGAUUGACAAUGGUUUUCUUGUGAUUACUUUGCAAGUUGCAUUGGAGAGAACCAUUAUUGCUUUUAAAAAUAUCUAAGAUUUCCAUUUCAAUCAAGAAUAAAUUUUGUUGCCAGUAGUAGCAUAAACACAUUAGAGUGUACCCCAAUCAUUACCAGUUAGAAAAUUCUUUAUUCAUUUCUUAUUAAGUUUCCAGAAGCCAAGAAGACAUUGUUUCUUCAAAGUUUUUGGCAGUCUCUUUGAUCAGUGCCUUGGUUGCAAUGCAUUAAAUUAAUCACAAAAUAGUGAACAAAAAGCUGAAAAUUCCUUUUUAUGUGUUCUCUGGAUAGUUAGCUUUGGCUAGAGGUAAUGAUUAUGUAUUAUUAAAGUUUUUGCCUGUUCUUCAUCAAAAUUUGUCUCCGGUAAAGAUCCUAUUAUUUACUAAGUUUGUCUUUAUGUAUGUGGAUAUAAAUUGUAAAAAUGUUUUUUAAACAAACAUAGCAGAUUUUAGUCAUAA